AUGUCUGAAGCCGAAGUGGCUCGCGCAAUUGGUCUUCUUAAAAGCCAACCCCCAGCUGAAGAUAUAAAAAGAUGCCUGUUACUGCUUAGCGAGGAAAAGUCCUUGAGUCUGGAAAGCGCCGCCGUGAUAGUAAAAUACGUGGUACCUAUAUUUCCAUCGUUACCAAGGGACAUACAAAAGGAGUUGAUUAAAGUGUUUGGAUGCCACUUCACACUUGUAACACACACUAUGAAUCUGAUAGACAUGGUGCAGAAAAAUCCGGAAGUUAGCAUUUAUAAGGCUUUCUUGAUGCAAGCUUUGAGCGAGAAUUCAUCUGCCUUAAGCAAUUACCUUGGUCGUUCACAGAGCCCUUCGGAAAUUCAGAUUUUGAAAUCCGCCUUUUUUGGCAGCAAAAUUCUGAGCCGUCUGGGCAGUGGUGUGGACAUUGUGGCAUACGUGGAGGUACUCCGAGGGCAAAUUGAAUAUAUUUUCGAAUAUCACCAUAGUCUCAACCAGAAAAUGUACGCAGAGUUUCUUGUCGCACUUCUAAGUCUUCACGAAGGACUUUGCUUGGAUCUGGUUUUCCGAGAUGUGGCGCUCAGGAACGCAGAUCGCUUUCAGAAAUUCUUGCAAGUUCUUCUUAGUGCUUCUGUUUUGUGUCGAAAUCGACUUUUCAGAAGCUUGCUGAAAUAUCUGGAUAUUGUAAUUAGCUCUGAAAGUGCACAUUCGGCGUAUAAUCUACUAAGGUCGAUUGGGCCGGUAGAUAUACAGUACGAUCUUCUGAUAGAUCUCAAGAAUCCACUUUUGAGUGUCAUUUUGGUCCACACCAUGAGCGAAAAACAGAAAUUGAGUCAUUACCGUUAUCUAAUGGGCUUUUUCCGAAGGGGCAACUCUACAGAGGAUUUAGCGACAUGCUUUCUACUAGCCAUUAUUUUCGAACAUCUUCCAAGCGAGGUUCGACAAAGUAUAAGCUCCGAUAAUAUGUUUUUGGAUGCCGUGACCGCAAGAUUGAGCUCUCAGCAUGCAGUGGUGAGAGAAAGAACGAUGUUUCUUGCCAAACAGGUCACAAAUGGAGGACUAGAGUACGAAAGCGAUUUUGAGAUCGUCAUUCCUGACUUUACAGCUCCGGAAACUGAUACUAUAGCCUUUGAUCUCUUACAAAAAACUCCAGAUAGUGAAAACGAUUCUUUGGAGCCGCUUGAAGGAAAUGCAAAUAUCGCAAGGGUGCUCGACUUGACGCUAUCUAAGAAUCAAAGCGAUGAAGAGGGCUUCACGAUCGUUUUUCUCAAGGAUCUAGUCCGGGAGUUUGAGCAAGAGGAGAAGAAUAAGAGCGAUCGCAUUUACCUCUUGAAAGCCACGGUUAGACUAGUAAGACAAAAGAAAGACUUUAUCCUCGAGAUUGAAUCUUACAGCUCUCAGCUUUUAACAAUGAUAUGCGUCUUGAACAACAGUUUUGAAGAGCCGCAGUUCCAGGAGUGGAAAAUAAACGCCUUGGUUAGCAUCAUAGUCGUUGUUCCUGAGAAGAUUACGGAACUGAUUCAGAUUUUGUUUGGCCAGGAACUUUCUUUGCAGCAACGCAUUACGAUCCUUUCCGUUAUGAGCCUUGCGGCUAGGGAACUACGGGGCAUUGACGAUGCUUUCAUUGUCAAGCCUCAGACAGAUUUUCCAACCGAGAGACUGCCGUGGGAUUCACCUAACAAACCUAUUUCCGGCGAAACGCCUAGAAGCAUAGAAGCAUCGAAUAGUCACACUGUGUGGAGAUCUCGUAAGCUUGACAAGGCCGCUAAGGGCAACACGGCCCCAGUAAACAGAUUUCAGAGGGUCGCGCCCAAGUUUUUCUAUCCUUUGGCGCACGGCUGGCUCAACGGGAUUGACAUGGGGGUCUACGACGAGAUGUUUAAAAAACACUAUCUAUCUACGAUGCAACUUAUCCUAUCGGCUGCUCAACCGCAUUACGAGUUUAGCUCAAUGUACGCCCUUAUGUGUUCCGUUAUCGAGGACGCGAUAAAGAACGGCUUGCCCUUGGAUGAUCUCGAUCUAGCCAAACUUUCUGAGCUUUCCAAAGGUGCGGCCGAUCAUUGA